AUGCCAAAAGUUUCUUCAUUGAAAUAUUACGCAGUUGCUAAAGGAGAAAAAACUGGAAUUUUUUUAUCAUUUAAAGAAUAUGAAAAAUAUGUUAAAGACAGAUAUUGUAAAAGAAAUAGAUUAUCAAAUGCUAUUGGAGGUAUAGGUGUAUUUUUUGAAGAUAACGAUAUUAGAAAUCUAUCUGAACGACUACCUGGUGAACAUCAAACUAACAAUCGUGCAGAAAUCUAUGCUGCUAUUAGAGCUCUUGAAAUUUGUAAUAAAAAAGAAAAUUUAAUUAUAAAUACUAAUAGCAAUUAUGUUAUCAUCUCUAGAGAUGUUAAAAAACCAAAAACUAAUUUUGAUUUAAUUAAUAGAUUCAAUGAUUUGAUUAAGAAAUGUGAAGAGAAAACUUAUUUAAAACAUGUGAAGGGACAUAGUGGCAUUUACAGGAACAAACAAACUGACAAACUUGCAUAUUUAGGUUCAAAAAAACCUGAAUUUACUAGAACGUGA